AUGUAAUUUUUAAAGUCCUAUCUUACAGAUUAUAUCAAUACUUAUGUUUAUGAGUAUUUUGAUAACAUUUCCAAAGAAUAGAUUACUACUUAAUUGACUAAAGGAUAAAUUCAAUUAAAUAAUAUGUAAUUCAAACCAUCAAUCUUUAAAAAAUUGAAUUUGCCAUUUAUAAUUAAAGAUAGCAUGAUCAAUAAUAUAAGUAUUACCUUAGGUAAACAAUCUUCUAUUAAAAUUGAUACACUUAAUAUUGUAAUAGAAAUACUCAAUUUAUAUGGAAAUUUUAUUAUGGAAAGUGCUAUCAAAUUAUAAAUUCUUGAAAAAUUUAGAAAUUCCUUAAUUGAAAAUCUGCUAAAAGGAAUGGCAGCAUAAGAUAAAUAACAAUAAGAUCCAAAAAAAAAGUUUGCCUUUAAUUUAUUCCAAAAUAUUGAAAUUGAAUUAAAUAGUUUAAAUAUCACAUUUCUUGAUAAAUAUUGUACUCAAAAUUCUUUUGGUGCCAAAUUAGAACAUUUUACUUGUAAAUCCUCAAUGAAUCCCAAUAAACCCAAAUUAAGGAAUAUUGAAAUCAAAAACCUAUUAUUAUUUUGGCAAGAUCCUAUUACAUAAUUAAAUGCCUAUGCUACUCUUGAAGAUGUGGCUGAAUAAGAAUCAGAUAAUCUAUCCUUUUAAUUAGGAAUAAUAUUCGAUUAAUUAACUUUUAAUUGCUCUAAAAUAUAGUGUAAUGCAAUUUAUAAAUUUUCUGAAUAUGUAUCCUAAUUUACAAUUAGAUAAAAUAAAUAAGUAGAAAAGAGUUCAAAUAAUGAAGAUGAUCAAAAAGUAAAAGGGGAAAUAAAGAAUAUUUUGAAAAGUAUAUCUCUAUUAGAAUAAUCAACUGAAUGUUAAGAAUAUGAAAGAUUAUGUUUAUUGGUGUAAAGUUAAUCUAUAAAUGAUCUUAAAUAAAUAUAAUUUGAAAUUAUGAAAUAUGAUAAAGGAGAAGAAAUAGUAUAAUUAAGAAAAAAGAAAUUAGGAUGGUUUGGAGGUAUGGUUAAAAAUGAUAAAAAAAUGGGUGAAAAAAUUAUUAAUAUACUUGAUGAUUUAGAUUAAGAUCCAAAUAUUAAUUUAAAAACUCUUUAACUAAAAUUUGAAUUAGUUGUUAAUUAAUGUUAAAUAGGAUUAUCUUCUAAUUAUAGAGGUUAAUUAAAUAAAUUGAUCAUUAAUUUCAAAAAUGUUAAUUUAUAAAUGAACAAAACAAAUUAAUUAUAAUUAGAUUUUACAAUUAAAGAAGGAGAAGUUCUAUUAUAAUAUUAAGAUAAAAUUAAUUAUUUAGUAUCUAAAAAUAAAAAUUUUGAAGAAAAAUAUAGUUUAGAAUUACAUCAUACUAAUGAUGAAAAAAAAGAAAGUCUUUUUAUAUAAACAUGUCCAUUCUAAAUAGUUUUUAAUGAAUAAGCUUUUGAAAAAUAUUAUGAUUUAUUUUAUUUUUUUGUUGUUUCAGAAAAUUAAUUACCUAAAUUAACUAAAAAAGCUAAAUAAUAAAUAUAAGACAUAGUUAGUGAUAAAAAAGAAAAGGAUAUUUAAAUUAAAUUAGAAAAAAUAUAUAUAUUAUCUACAAAUGGUAAGGAAACCUUUCUUUUUAGUCCAGGUUCAAUUGAUUUUAAUUAUAAAACUCAAAAUUAAUCUAUUUACAAUAUCAAAAUAUUUGAUACAACAUUUGGGUUUUCUGAAAAAAUAAAUUCAUGUAUUGAUUUUAUACAUCAAUAAUAUUGUUUUAAUAGUAUGAUUAUGUCUAGAGAUUUUAUUAAAAUAACAAAUUGUGAUAUUGAUUUAGUAAUUUAAGUUUAAGAUAAUCAAAUUAAUACUGUUUUAGAAUUAGGAGAUAUGAAUUUUUAAAUAAAUCCUACCAUAUAUAAAUAUUUUUAUUAAUUUUAUGGAACACAUUAUCAAAAACCAUUAAAAGAAAUGAAAAAUUAACUUAGAAAUAAUGAAGAAAAUUAAUAAAAAUUUUGUUUAUUUAGUAAUACAUAUAUUAAAAAUUAAAUAAAAUGUAGAAUGACAUUUUAGGGCCAUUUCAUAAAUUUAUAUGAAGCUGAAAAAGAUGAGAAAAUUAUGAAAAUAGAUUUAUAAAAUAUAUAAUUUAAAUAAUCCAAAGACAAUCAACAUUAUAUUCUUGAAUUAAAAACAAAUGAUUAAAUUAUAAAAUUGGCUUAUUCAAAUGAAGAAGAUAUAUAAUUAGUUGUAAAUAAAUGUUAAAUGUCACGUAAUGAUGAUUAUUAUGUAUAAAAUAUUUUAGAAUAGAAUUUAAAUAAUUCUAUAACUAAUAUAUAGAAUUAAAUACAAUAAUAAGAAUUCUUAUCAUAUAUACAAAUUAAAUUAAAUAGUAUACAUGUUGUUGUAUUAGGAAAUUAAAAUUAACCAUUUAUAAAUAUUCAUCUUACUUAUUUAAAUUUUAUUAGUUUGGGUAAUUAAUUAUAAAGUAAAUUAACUAUCUCAUUUAAGUAUUUUACAAUUAUUAAAGAAUUUAAUUAAUAAAUGAAUAAUUUUGAAGAUAAAAAAUUUUUAGAUAUUCAAAGUGAUGAAAAUACAACUCUUAUUGAGUAUUGUUAAACAUUAAAUGAAAAUUCAAAACUUAAACUUUAUGUAAAUUAUUGUAUACUAAAUUAUAAAGCUAAAACAAUAGGGUUAAUUCUAGAAUAAUAUCCAAUUGAAUUAAAAAAAGAUUGGAAUCUUACUAAAUUUAUUAUUAAUUCAUAUUUAACUUAUUAUCCUGAUCUUUAGAUUAUUUGUAAUUAAAUGAGUGUAGAAAUUAAUAAAAAAUAAAUUUUAUUUAAAUAAAGUGAACUUAAAUCUAUUUAAUUUCAAUAGAAUUAUAUUUCUAUUAUGUUUAUGUAAGAUGAUUAAGAUGAAAACUGUUUAUAAGUAAAUGCAAUUCCAAAAGGAAAUCUUAUUGUUGAUAAUGAAAAUGAGAUGACAAUAAAUAUUAGAUUAGAUGAAGCCUAAGCAAUAUUUGCUUAAUAAUAUACAUUAUAAACAAGUAAAUUGAAAAAAAAAAAUAAUAAAAAAGUACUAUUAUCUUCUUGUAAUAUUGAUUUUGGAUGGAGAGUAGUCUUUUAAACAAAUGUUAUAAAACAUUUUAUGAAUUUUAGAACAAAUUAAUUUAAAUUUACAUUUGGUACUAAAGAUAUAUGUUAUUUAACUAAAUAGAUGUAAAAAUUAUCAAGUCAAAUUACUGAAUUUUAUGCUUCUCAUGAUUUAGCAAAUUAUCUCAUUUAAUAUAGAGUUAAAACAUAUUAAUUAACAUUUGGAGUAGAAUCAUAAAUGUAAACUGUAUUUAUUGAUGAUUAUUUUAAUUAAUCAUUACCAAUAUUUGGUCUAACUUUCAAUCAACCAAUUUGGAAAUUAGAAUUAAAUUUAGAUCAUAUUAAAUUUCAUACUAGAAAUCUAUUUGAGGCAGUUAAUUAUCAUUCUACUAAAUUAGCAUGGGAACCUAUUUUUGAACCUAUUUCAUUAGAUUUCAGUUUAUAUAUUUAGAAUUAAUAACCAAGAAUCAUUUUAGACUUUAAUAUAUCAGAUAUUAUUAAUAUUGAUAUAUCAACAGAAUUCAUUUAAAAUCUAUUAAAAUUUAAGAAAUUGGUUAAAUAGUUUGAAAAUACAGACCUUAAAUAAAAUAAUGAACCAAUUAAUUAAAAUAAUAAUUAAAUACUUACAUAUGAAACUUAUGAAAUAUAAAAUGCUUGUGGUUUAUUGAUUAUAGCAUAUGGAUAAGAUUAAGAACCUAUAUAAUUAAUAAAUUAAUAAAGAUAAAUUACAAAAUGUAAAGGAAUAUUUUAAUUUGAAAUAAUUGGAGUAUAUUCUUCAAUAAAAAUUGAUAAUUGGUCUUUACAAGUAUAAAAAAAGAAAAUAAUAAUAGAAAAAGGAUUUUCAUUAAUUAUUGAAACAAUUGUAGAUGAAUUUAUGAAUUCAUCAAAAACUAUUAUUACUAGUUCUAUUUUAUUAAUUAAUUUAAGUCCAUUUAAUUUAUAAAUUAAAAUUUAAAAUUAAGAAAUUAUAUCUUUAACUAAAGCUGAAAAGUAAUAAUAAAUUCAGAAAUUUUAAAAAUACACAAAUAUUUACACUAUUCCAAAUUAAAUACAAAAAGGUUAAUUUUGUCUUAUUGAAAAUAAUGUUAUUUCAGAAUCAUAUAAUUAUACAGAUAUUGCUUAAAAAAUAAAGAAAGGGAAUUCAGAAAUUGUAAAUCUGAAUAACAAAUUUUUUAGAUUGAAAUCUUUACAAGACCCUAUUAUGAACGAUAGAUCAAUAAUAUCAAUUACUCCAGUUGUGGAAUUCAUAAAUUAAACACCUUUUAUAAUUAUUAUUGAUAAACAUUGUCCUCAAAUCAAAUAAUUUUUACAUUUUAUUAUCAAUUCAAAUUAAAUAAUAGAAGAUUGUGAAAUUAAUCCUUAAAAGGAAUAUCUAUUUAGUUUUAAAAUAGAACGAUAUUAUUAAUCAAUAUAAUAUUCAUUAAAUGAAUUGAUGAAAGGGAAAAAUGUAAUGUUAGAAGAUGAAAAAUGGUAAUUAAAUGUAGAUAGAAAGUAUUUAAGUUUAAUCUUAAUAAUCAAACCUAAAAUAGAUAAUUAUGGAAGACAUCAAAUUACUAUUCAAUUUAAUUAAUCUUAUUUAAUCAAUAAUACAGAUUUAGAUUUAUUAAUAUAUUAAGGAACUGAAAAGAAUUUAGAGAUUUUAGGAGGAUAAAAGUAUAAUACUUCCUUUUAAUCAAUAGUCCUUUAAAAAAUUUAAGAAAAAUAAUUUAUAGUAUUUGAAGAAAGAAAUUCUAAUUUAAAAUCAUAAUCAUUAGCAUUAUCAGAAAUCAUUAAAUUAGAAACUAUAGAAAUCAAAAAAAAAGUAAAUAAUACUCUUUAUUUUCUUCCAAUUUAAAUAGAAAAAUAAUUUAUAUAAUAUGGAGAUUAUACUAUUCCAUUCUUUUAAAUUUAUUACAAGUACAUCUUAUAUAAUAGAUUGGAAUAACCAAUUUAUCUUUGUUAUGAAGAUAAAACAACCCUCCUUGAAUCCUUGAUUAAAUAACCUUUAUAAUUUUGGAAACAGGAACAUUAAAACAAUCCUGAUUUCUCCUAUGAAUGUUCUUUAAAACUUAUUUUUAAUGAUUAAGUUUUAUAAACAGCAAGAUUCAAUAUUAUGAUUCAAUAAUAAUUUGUUUUACUAAUUAGAUCUAUAAAUCUUUGUAUAAGAAAGUUUAUAAAAAUUACAAUAUUGGAAAAAAAUCAUGAAUAUUUUUUGAUUAUUGAUGAUAUUUAAGAUAAAUAAGAUUAUCCAUACAUGAUAAUAAAUGAAUCAAAAUCCUUAUAAAUAUAAUUAAAAAGUGACAAUGAAAAAUUAUCUUCUGGAGAUAGUUUUCCUUUGGCAAAUUCAUUUCAAUCUGAUCAAGAUUUCACUUAUCCAGUAAAUUUAAAAGAUCAAACUAUGAAUUGGAAUAAUUCAAUUUAAUUUUUAUUAAAAUUAGAUUAGGUUGGUUUAAGUGGAAUUGUAGAAAUCAAUGGUUAGAAAUAUGAUUAUGGUGUAGUUAAAGUAGGCAAUCAAAAAUAAUUUAUUUUUAAAGAUUUUUAAAAACCAAGACCAAGUUAAAUUGAAUAAUAAAUAUAAUAAGAGAAAAUUUUAUAUCAUUUUGAUUUAAAGAUGUAGAUUAUAGGUUGUACAAUAUCUUAUAUUGAAAAUUUGAAAACUAAAUGUAAAGAACUUCUUAUUUGUUCACUUGAUAAUAUUAUUAUGGUUUAUUCAUCAAAUGAAUUUAAUUAAAAAUAGAUAAAUUUUAAAUUGUAAAAAUUGUAAAUAGAUUCAUAAUCUAAGAAAAUGUCAUUAUAAAAAACUAUUUUAUUUUCUGAGGUUUCAUAAAACUUAAAUUCAAUUGAAUUUGAAUUAAAAUUAGAUGCAAUGACUAAAGAUUCUUAUUAUUCUUUGGAUUUAGUAAAGAUAAAUCUUGGAAAUUUUUAAUUUUGUAUGGAUAAGAUUUUUUUUGAUAAAUAUGGAGAAUUAUAAGCAUAAUUUUAUGAUUUCUUUAAUUCUUAGCAUACUUAAAAAUAAAAAGGUAAUUAUCUUAAUAAAUUAUUUAAUAAAAAAAAAGUUGAAAGAGCACUUUUUAGAAAUUAAUUGAAAUAGACAAGAAUAUUUGUUAGAAAAUUAAUAUUAUGUCCAAUGAAAAUGAAAAUAUCUUAUUUGAAGGAUAAUUAUUAAUUAGAAAAGUAACAUUUUGUUAAAGAGAAUUUCACAAGUUCACCUUCUAAUCUUUUUCAUAGAAUAUUGAGAUAAUAUAUUUUUGGAGAUAAAAAGUUUUUUUUUAAUAUGCUUAGUUAAUAUUUAACAAAUAGACUUAUGAUAAAUCUAGUAAAAUUAACUAAUUGGAAUUAGAUAAGAAUAAAAAGAGCAAUAUAUGAACCAACUAGAGUAUAUAAAGUUUUCAAUUAAUAAUAAGCUAAUCAUUAAUAUAUGUUAAAGUAGGUAUAGAAAUGUGAUUGUAAUAGGGAAUUAUCAAAGAUAAAAUUUAAUAUUAUUAGUUCUCAUGAUGUUCUUUUAAAAGGAUAAAAUAAAAUAUUAUUUAUAUGUGAUUAGUAAAUAUUUUUUAUUCAUUAAAAUACCAUUUAAUAAUUUUUGGAGUAUGCUGACAUUUAAUUAUUUUACUCUCAAGCAGAUAUUUUACACCUUUAUAUAAUUAUUGAAAAAGAUCAACUAGCUCUAUUAUUUGAAGAUUAGAAUAAUUUAUAGAUAGCGAUAUAAAAUUUAAGUAGAUUUUAGAAUUGA